AUGAAAAGAAAUACUGUCGAUAGAGCCUCGGGAAACAGAAAAACUCCAAGGUUAUCCGAGUAUAAUUUCUGCAUCGAUGUAGCGACCAUAGCGGCGUUCGUUAUCCUUAACAGAGAAACAAGGCAUCCAAGGCCAAUCCAAUCUGAUCCAGAGAAACGGGAUAAAAGCCUUAUUUGCAAAUACCAUCACACUCACAGCCAUCGAACCGAAGAUUGUCGACAGCUGGGAGAAAAGGUUGCCCAACCAUUCAAUUUGAGAUACCUUCGGGAAUUCCUAAGUGAACGAGCAAAAACUCAUUUCGAGAACGUGGACUCGAACAAGCAGGAUAGGCUGGAAGAGCCUCAGCAAGUGAUACACAUGAUCAUGGAAGGAACGGACGUUCCCAUUGAGCCGGUCGUAAAACGCACAAAAAUUUUCAUAACAAGGGAAAAGCGUACUCGGAAUGACGACCCCGACAGUCCCAUCUCGUUCAGUGACGAGGACAUGGAAGGCAUCGCGCAGCCUCAUAACGACGCACUGGUAAUAUCUGUCCUUGUCAAUAAAUUUAGAAUCAAACGUGUGCUAACCGAUCCAGUAGUUUCGCUAAUAUCAUCCGACGGAGAAUCAUCGAGCACGGGACUACUAGAUUAG